ACUUCUUCAACCAAGCGGAGCACUUCUGCAGGUAACAAAGAAUCCAGUUCUACUAGAGAAAGACUACGUGAACGUACCCGACUAAACCAGAGCAAAAAACUACCUUCUGCAGGUCAGGGAGCUAACGAUGUGGCAUUGGCUAAACGUUCCCGCAGUCGCACUGCUAUGGAAUGUGAUGUUCGCAUGAGCAAGUCUAAAUCGGACAAUCAGAUCAGUGACAAAGCUGCUUUAGAAGCUAAAGUGAAAGAUCUUCUCACACUGGCAAAAACUAAAGAUGUGGAAAUUUUACAUUUGAGAAAUGAACUCCGAGACAUGCGUGCUCAACUGGGCAUUAAUGAAGAUCAUUCUGAGGGUGAUGAAAAGUCUGAGGAGAAGGAAACCAUUAUUGCUCACCAGCCAACUGAUGUGGAGUCUACUUUAUUGCAGUUGCAAGAACAAAAUACUGCCAUCCGUGAAGAACUCAACCAGUUGAAAAAUGAAAACAGAAUGUUAAAGGACAGGUUGAAUGCACUGGGCUUUUCCCUAGAACAGAGGUUAGACAAUUCUGAAAAACUGUUUGGCUAUCAGUCCCUGAGCCCAGAAAUUGCCCCCGGUAGCCAAAGUGAUGGAGGAGGAACUCUGACUUCUUCAGUGGAAGGCUCUGCACCUGGGUCAGUGGAGGAUCUCUUGAGUCAGGAUGAAAAUACACUCAUGGACCAUCAGCACAGUAACUCUAUGGACAACCUAGACAGUGAGUGCAGUGAGGUUUAUCAGCCUCUUACCUCGAGUGAUGAUGCCCUCGAUGCACCAUCAUCUUCAGAGUCAGAGGGCAUUCCAAGCAUGGAGCGCUCUCGUAAAGGGAGCAGUGGGAAUGCGAGUGAAGUGUCUGUUGCUUGCUUAACAGAAAGAAUACACCAGAUGGAAGAGAACCAGCACAGUACGAGUGAGGAACUUCAGGCAACUCUGCAGGAACUGGCUGAUUUACAGCAGAUUACCCAAGAGCUGAAUAGUGAAAAUGAAAGGCUUGGGGAGGAGAAAGUCAUUCUUAUGGAGUCCUUGUGUCAGCAAAGUGAUAAGUUGGAACACUUUAGCCGACAGAUUGAAUAUUUCCGUUCCCUUCUAGAUGAGCAUCAUAUUUCUUAUGUUAUAGAUGAAGAUGUAAAAAGUGGAUGCUACAUGGAAUUAGAGCAACGUUACAUGGACUUAGCUGAGAAUGCCCGUUUUGAGCGAGAGCAGCUUCUGGGUGUCCAGCAGCAUUUGAGCAAUACUUUAAAAAUGGCAGAACAAGACAAUAAGGAAGCUCAAGAAAUGAUAGGUGCACUCAAAGAACGUAGUCACCACAUGGAGCGAAUUAUUGAGUCUGAGCAGAAGGGCAAAGCAGCCCUGGCAGCCACCUUAGAGGAGUACAAAGCCACAGUGUCCAGUGACCAGAUAGAGAUGAAUCGCCUGAAGGCCCAGCUGGAGAAUGAAAAGCAGAAGGUGUCUGAACUAUAUUCUAUCCAUAACUCUGGAGACAAAUCUGAUAUUCAGGACCUCUUGGAGAGUGUUAGGCUGGACAAAGAAAAGGCAGAGACUUUGGCUAGUAGCCUGCAGGAAGAUCUGGCUCACACCCGAAAUGAUGCCAAUCGAUUACAAGACACCAUUGCCAAG